AUGGCUCACCGCGGGGAGACUCUUCAUAAAGAUGUAUGCUGCAUCGCUGACUUGAAAAAAUUGGGGAGUAGUCGGCUGGCACCGAUGGUUAGAGAUUAUUAUAAUGAAGGAGCUAUGGAUUUGAUCACUCUUAACGAGAACGAAACCGCUUAUGAUCGUUAUAAAAUCCGUCCGCGAAUCUUAGUCAAUGUCGACAAGAUCGACACAACCACCGAGAUCCUCGGAAGCAAGGUCUCACUCCCCUUCGGCUUCAGUCCCGCCGCAUCAAUGAAACUCGCCCACUCAGACGGAGAACUGGCAACUUCUCGUGCAGCCGCAAAAUACGGCCUCUUCAUGGGCCUCUCCUCUUACUCAAAUUACGCGCUGGAGGACGUCGCCGCUCAGGGCGCGGGAAAUCCAUACGUGAUGCAAAUGUGUGUUCUGCGGGAUCGGGCGAUUACAAUCCAGCUUUUGAAGCGAGCGGAAAAGGCAGGAUACAAGGCGCUAUUUCUAUCCGUCGAUGUGCCUGUUCUGGGGAAGAGAUUGAAUGAAUACCGUCACGAGUACACUAUCCCAGAAGAUAUGUCGUGGCCUAAUAUUCUUAGUCACGGAGGUGAUCACUCGGACCGCACUGAUUAUGACCCCAGCCUUGACUGGGAGAGCACAAUUCCUUGGUUGCGAGAACACACUUCUCUGCCGAUUUGGCUUAAGGGUGUAACCACUCCCGAAGACAUUGAACUCGCUCUUGAAUAUGGCGUCGACGGAGUCGUCGUUUCAAACCACGGAGGUCGACAGUUGGACGGUGCACCAUCAACAUUGGACGCACUACGAGUUUGUGCACCUAUAGCCAAGGGGCGUAUCCCAAUCACUGUUGAUGGGGGGAUCCGACGAGGCUCGGACAUCUUCAAGGCCCUAGCUCUGGGAGCUGAUUUCUGUUUCAUUGGAAGGAUUCCGUUCUGGGGUCUUGCUUAUAAUGGACAAGACGGAGUAGAGCUGGCAAUUCGGAUUCUUCGCCAAGAGCUGAGGAUCACCAUGGCACUGGCCGGGUGCCGGUCGAUUAGCGAGAUUCAACAAUGCUAUCUGUCCAUUUUGCAGCCAGAUGGCAUUCUUGCAAAGCUAUGA